UCGAAUUCAGUUUGGCGGCAAAACUGGUGGUCGCUGGUUACGCUUCGAAUUUUAAAUUUUAUAUUUUUAAAGAUGGUGGUUAUGUGUUUUUAAAAAUGAGUUUUUAUUGAAACAAAAGUUGUUUUUCUGAAUCGUUUGUGCUGUGUAAAUACAUUUGACUUUUAAAAUGUUUGCGCACGGAAUUCUGUGUUCCUUCCUACUUUCUUUUGCGUCGCUGUCAUCGGCGUCAGUGAUCAUUCCUGAGGAGUUACCAUCAUUGCUGUCCGUCGCCUAUUCUAAUAUACCGCCUAUUAAGAAAGGUACCGAUUCUCGAGUGGGCUUCGGCUUCGCAUUCGGUAACCAUGCAGACUUCCAAAUCAUGCUCGAGUUGGGACCUCAAACUAACACACAGAACUUGACUGGUCAAGGUUUUCAGUCGACUUCCAGCAAUGCUAAGCGUCAAGCCAGCUUGCCUCCGCCUGCUAAAUAUAAUAAGAACAAGGAAAAGUACCUACCCUCAGACGGCAGCAAAUACCUACAAAAUUGGGCCCAAAAGAUGAAAUACCCGCAGAAAUGGUCGCAGAACCCAGUCUCAAAGCCAGGAGAAGUGCCCAAUCUAGAAGAUUCUGUCGUAGAACUAAAGAAGAAUGAGAAAGGAGAAUAUGAGAUCCACCAGCCGAAGCCUGGGAACUUACCACAGAAUGUUCUAGAAGACUUGAAAAGGUUGUACAAGUUGAAAAGCGAGGCUGCAAAGAAGAUGGGUGAGCAAAAACGCAGUGAAGAAGAAGUCAAGAAGAUAACAGAAGAUCUGUCUAACGUUGAUCUGGAUUGAGGCUUUUUGUCAUAGAUUUUUUUUGUAAUAAAAGGUUUUUGGGAGU